AUGUCAUUACUACGUCAGUUUUUUGGUUCCUCAUCGAAUACAUGGGUUCGUGCCCUUAUUAUAUUCUGUUUAGCAUGGGCUUUUCUUGUCUAUGUUUUUGUAACCAAAUUAAAUCCGCCAUCUACCGAGGAACCUGACAACACUUCGAAACGUAUCAAUCAAGCAUUGCAGUUGUUGGAAGCAUCACGCCAGCGAAAUCAGGAGCUACAAGAAAUGAUUGAUACCCUGCUGAAUGAUGACCGCGUGGAUAAACAAUCAGCACAGAGGCUAAUACAAAAAUUGGAAUACAAUAUAAAAAAUCCCUUAGGCAUAGAAUCGAAACCAGAUGUACCCCAACCAUUUGGUAGUCCAUCAAAUGAACCAACAUUGGAAUAUGAAUUACUACGAAGGCGUAUUCAAACAAACAUUGCCGAAAUAUGGAAUUUCUUUAGCAACGAACUGGGGAAAAUACGAAAACAAGUUGAUCCGAAUAUGAAAGAAGAUAUUAACAGUGUAUUAAUAAUGGGAGCUGAACACAAACGUUCAUUGCUCAGUGAUAUGGAACGUCUGCGCCAAUUGGACGGUUAUGAGGCAUGGCGUCAUCAGGAAGCUAAAGAUUUAAGUGAUUUAGUACAGAGACGUUUGAGAUAUUUACAAAAUCCAACCGACUGUUCGAAAGCCAAGAAAUUAGUAUGCAAAUUGAAUAAGGGAUGUGGUUAUGGUUGUCAGCUACAUCAUGCAGUAUAUUGUUUCAUAGUCGCCUAUGCCACCGAACGUACAUUGAUACUGAAAUCGAAAGGUUGGCGUUAUCACAAAGGUGGCUGGGAAGAGGUUUUUCAACCUGUAUCAGAUUCUUGUCUAGACAUUGGACCAGCUAGGGCUAAUAACUGGCCCGGUAGACCAGAAUCUCAAGUUUUGGUAUUGCCAAUUAUAGAUUCGCUAAUGCCACGACCACCAUAUUUACCGCUGGCAAUACCUGAAGAUAUUUCACAUCGACUAAAACGUUUACACAGUGAACCGAUUGUCUGGUGGGUAGGACAAUUUUUAAAGUACUUACUUCGGCCACAGAAGGGUACACAGGAAUUUUUGGAAAAUAGCAUGGCCAAGUUGGGUUGGAAGAAACCUAUUGUUGGCGUCCAUGUUCGACGAACCGAUAAGGUAGGUACAGAGGCAGCUUUUCACAGUAUUGACGAAUACAUGACACAUGUCGAGGAUUAUUAUUUAACACAAGAGAUUAACGGUACGAGUAUGACGAGACGUAUAUUUUUGGCAUCGGACGAUGCCCGUGUUAUCGAUGAGGCACGCAAAAAAUAUCCACAAUAUGAGAUAAUUGGCGAUGCUGAGGUGGCACGAAUGGCAGCUGUUUCCACACGUUACACAGAUACCGGUCUAAAUGGCAUUAUCUUGGAUAUACAUCUCUUAUCGAUAUCCGAUUAUUUAGUGUGCACCUUUAGUUCACAAGUUUGCCGUGUGGCAUAUGAAAUAAUGCAAACUUUAUAUCCCGAUGCAGGACAUCGUUUUAAAUCGCUGGACGAUAUAUAUUAUUAUGGCGGACAAAAUCAACAUAAUCGACAAGUUGUUAUACCGCACAAGGCUAGAAAUCAUGAUGAAUUACAAUUGCGACCAGGAGAUUUGGUAGGUGUUGCUGGCAAUCACUGGGACGGAUUUUCCAAGGGGAAAAAUACACGCACCAAUCAAGUUGGUCUGUUUCCAUCGUUUAAAGUUGUUGACAAGGUGGAGACGGCCAAAUUGCCCACUUAUCCCAAUGUGUAAAUAUUUUAUUUAUUAUUUUGUA